UCACACUCUUUCACAACAAAACAACAACGUUAACAUUUCUCUUCUCUCUCUGAAAUUUCUGCAAGUUCAUCAAAUUCUCUUUCUCUUUACUUCAUUUUCUGUCUCUGCUUUUACAAUGGCUGAAACAAAAAACUCUCAUUGCAUUGUUGAAAUCCCAGUAGACCAAGAACAUCGUGAAACCAACAACAAAGCUUUGUUGUGUUCGAACAUGUUCGAGGCGAUUGAUGAUCACCCGUUAACCGAAAUCUCUGAAUCUCCUGGUCAUCUCUUACUCUUAAAGCUAUGGCAAAGAGAAGAAAAUCUCAUUGCCAAAAGCCUAUCAAGAAAAGAAACCAGAAUGGAUUCAAUAAAAUCCGAACUUUUUCAACUUUCUUCUUUUUUCUUUAUUUUCCAUGGUUUUUUCUUAACACUCUUGUUUACUUCUUGGUCUAAGGGCCAAGAGGGUGGUGGUAGUUGUAAGAUUUGGUGGAUACCUUCGAUGAUUUCGCUUUGUACUUCGCUUGUGUUUGUGUUUUUGGUUCAGGUGAAGUUGUAUAGGUAUUGGAAGGUGUGGGAGCGGUUGCAGAGGGAGAGGUGUGAUAGUAGAGGGGUUGGGAGGUGUAUUCAGGAGUUGAGGAUGAAAGGGGCUAGCUUUGAUUUGUCGAAGGAGUUGGGUUUGAAUGGGAAGAGGAUGAAGAGUUCGAGUGUUGAGAUUAAGUGGAAGGUGGUUACUUUGUUUUCUAGGUAUUUGAUUACUGUUUGUCUUGUUUGUUUUACAGGUUUGGCUUUUCCGGCUUCGAAGUUUGUUCUGUGCGGCUUGUGAUGACGAUGAGGAGGAGGAUGAUGAUGGAGAUGAAGAUGCAGCUUGGAUUUGUGUGCUAAUGAUUAUGCCUCUGCCAAAGGAAUGAAGCAUUGUCGGUCCGAUUGAUCCCAGAACCCUUUUGAAUUGAGGGGAUUGUGUUGAUGAGAUUCCGAGCUUUUAGUGUGAAUCAUGGACAAGCACAAAAAAAUGGCUGCAGAGGUUUCAAUGCAAACAACAAAUUGAGCAAGGAAGGGAAUGAAGCAUUGUCUAUGGAGACAAGAGGGGAGAUUAUCAUUGCUUCAAGUUGCAACUGAGAAGGUUUUUGUUGAUGAUUGUGUCAUUGUUGGUACUACUGACUAGAGAUUCUGCAAGAGCUUGAUUCUGUUAUGAUGCAACACCUCUUGUGUGCCCUUGGCAUCUACAGUUUUGUGAGGAUUGGAGUGUAGCUAUGAUACUGCGAGAUGCUACAAUUUUGAUUCAGUUUUUGAACAUUACAAGUUUUGUGGACUACAAAUGCAGCUGCUGAUAUACUAGCUGCUUCAAUUUUGAUACAUUGUCAGAACUUUACAAUCUUGUGAACGCUAAUGCAGCUGUUUGUACAUGCCAGCUGCCUCAACUUUGAUGCAUUCUGUGAACUUCGCAAUUUUAUCCACACUGCAGCAAUGUUUAUACUGCGAGCUGCUUCAAGUUUGAUUCAUUUUGUAAUGCUAUUAGCUGUAAUCUUGUGAAAUAAAGGUUACCAUUCGUUUUA